AUGGUGGUGCAACGACUGUGCCUGUUGGCAUCUGUCGGAUUGGCUAUGGGAAGCCUUCAAGGACGAGCGAAGAGCGAUCAUGCAGUUCAUCUCCAUGGGAAAGUGUCAGAUAUCGUUUUCAGCAGCUGCUUGCCUGAUUUUGGAGUUCGCGGGCUGGGCGCCUCCAUGUCUUCAACAGACAGAGUUCACGCCAUGAGUGGUACUGGAGGCAUUGCAAUCGCAAGGUGUGUGGGGACAAAAAAUUGUCAGGCGCCCGUGGUUCAGUUUGAUGGAAAUUCAACCACGUCAAUCAACUUUUCACCCACAGUGCUCAGAAAACUUGAGGGUGACGGCAAAGUCCACAUCGCUCCUAGCUGUCCCAGGAGCAAGGUCGGGUUUCACCUCAAAGAAGCAAAGAUAUCCACGUACGAGUCCAUAGUGGCUUUCGCUGGAGGUGAUCACAACACAGGGGGAUGUGUGGAGCUCGUAGUUCUUCAAGACGAUCUUUCCUGGAAGCAUCUCCAGUCCCUCCCUCGAUCCCUCUCCGCAGAUCCCUUCAGACACAAGCCGUCAUGGCUUACGGGAGACCGUACUCUCCUCUCCUCCUCCUUCGGGAAGCAGGUCGCGAUGGGAGAGGGAGAGGUCGCAGUGUCCGCCACGCUCCUGGACUCCUCCCUCAAACCUGUGCCGGCUGUGCUGAUCUACUUGAGCAUUUCACCGACCGAGUGGAUCGAGGCUGAAAUCAUCACGUGUGAGACCCAGGAAUGUCUAGAGCAAGAGGAAAGCUGCCUACGAUCGCAAGAUGCUGAAAGCUGCUGGUCCACUGGGUUUGGCUCCUCCCUCGCUCUCCAUGGUCAGUUCCUUGCGAUAGGGCAUCCAGGGAAUCAGUCGGUGUUGGUGUACAAGCAAGAGACAAGCGCCAAGGAAGGGCUGGACAUUAAGUGGAACCUGAUCAACGUCUUGUUUGACGACAAGAAGUAUUCGGGGAGACGCUUUGGAGCCUCUCUUUCAUUGGGAUCGUCUUUCCUUAUCGUCGGGAUUCCUGAUCAGACAGAGUCGGGGAUCAAAAUCUUCGCAACGCCAGACGGCGAGCGAGCGAAGGAGUUCUCCAAGACCGUCUUCGACUCCCAUGAGAUCUGCUGCAAGCACGACAUGGACUGCUGCUCCAGCCAGCUCGCUGGGACGUUCGUCACGCAGCAGGAGCAGGCGUACACAGUUCGGGUGGUAGCUGGGGAUGACGUGAACAGAGCUUCUCUCCUCAUCGACUGCAGCACAACAGCCCUGAAGCAGCAGACGACGGUCUGCAAGAUCGUUGCCAACGUUCGAUCAGCAAGUGAGAGUGAGAGCGUUGCUGGUGUUGCGACUAGCGUUUCGAUGGGAGGAGAGAGCAUUUACUUCGGCAACCCCAACGCUGGAUGUGAAGAUGGGGACAAUACAGGAAGCUGCGGUCAGGUCUGCAGUGUGACGAGCUGCCAACCUGGAUUCUGCCUGCUGUACGACUGGUCGGAACAGAAUCACCUGUGUCUCAAUUGCAACGACGACGAUGAUUGUCCAGGAGGAGUGCAACGAUGUGCUUUUGAGCAGGCGGGGGUUGUGACCAUCAUCUGCCUUGGGAUCUUUUCGCUCUGCUUCUUGUGUUGUUGCGUGUGCAGUCUCAACCUCCGCUUCUUCGCUACAAACCACGCACCGCAAGGGUACGAGGUUGCUUGUGCUGUCACCUUGGAGCUGAUGGACAGGAGCAGCUCCUGGGGCUUCCUCCUCGCCCUCUUGUGCUGCUUGCCCCUAUCUCGCUUCAGCGACCAGGAGCGAGACGAGCGGCUGAUGGGGGAGGAGGAGGAGGAGAGCGACGCGUCGUCAGAUUACGGAGAAGCUGAUGACCUUGAGAACAUGAAGGGCUACAUUCCCCCCUCCGUCAAGGAGGCUCUGCGCAUGAGCGUUCUGAGGAAGGGAAAGCUGUCCGCGGGUGCGGAGGAUCAAGACUCGACCGAGAGCGAGAGGGAGCGACCGCAGGAGGUGGAACGAGAGGCAGCAGCUAAGGGCGGGGAAAAGGCAGGCGGGUCGGAAGACGUGGAGGGCAAGAAAGAGCAAGAGCUCUUGGAGAAACAGCAGGAGAAGGAAGAGGGAAAGGAAGAGGAGGAGAGGGAGGAGACAGAUAGGGAGGGGAAGGAGGACGAGGAGGCUGGUGGAAGGAGGGGAGCUACUGUGGAUCCAGAGGAUCCAAGUGAAGAGAAGGUGGAUGUGAAGCUUGACUACUUCUGCUGCAAGAAAUGUGCCCGUAGAGCCAUCGAAACCGUCCUCGUCCCUUGCGGUCAUCGAAUCUUGUGCCGCAAAUGUGCUAAGGGAGUCAAGAAGUGCGACAUUUGUCAGCAGCCGGUCAAGAGAGUGCAGCCAGUCUUUCAUGUGUGA